CUUAAGACUUCAGAUAUACCCUCGGUUCAAACACCAAACCAAAUCCUUCCAUCACAAUGAAGUUCUCCAUUGCGUUCGGUUUCAUGGCUGCUGGCCUCGUUGCCGCUGUCCCAUCGUCCAACCAGCUUCGAUCCGUCAGCGACGUGCUCCCCAACCUGAAGCGCGACGUAUCAGGCGCCGGCUUCGUGCACGUGGGCUCUGACAACGUCGUGCGCGCCUUCGACAAGAACUUCAACGUGGUGGACUACGCGAAGCUCGACGACAAGGGCACAGUCGGAAAGGACCCCAGCGCGGACGUCCUCGCCGAGGCCAAGCUCGCCAAAUCCAAGGCCAUCGAGCAGACCUCUAAGCCGCGCCAGCCGAGCCCCCUCGACGCGCGCCAGGAGAAGAGCUGCCCUAGCCAGUCUUGCCCGGAUGACACCUACUGCAAGGACCUGUCUAUCUACGGAUACGACUGCUCGACUUGCCUGAGUGUCACGCACACCGUCGGUAACUGCCAGAAGUAAGUCACGGGGAGUCCUGGCGGUCAGAGAGCUUAGACGUGGUGGUUUGAACGGGGCGUGUUGUGAAGGAGUGGAGGAUAAGUCGCGCUUGUGGUUGCAUCGAGGAGAGGAGUCGAAGAAAGAGUUGUAAUAUUUUUAUUCGCUGCCGCUAAUUAAAGCGU